CCUUUUGUGUCUAUAGAGUAUCUAAAUGAAGUAUUGUCAAGGUUAGUAAACAUGGCUGGGAUGAGCUUACUGAGGCCUUCUGUUGUUCAAGGCCUCCGUAUAGCUUUAUUAAAUAGUAAAGCAGUUAGGCAUCCUUUACAGAAACAAUUGCAGUUGCAAGGCCAAGUAUCUGUGCGAAAUGGCCAUGACAAAAAAAUGCCUAUUAUUCCAUCAACAUUUGAGUGGACUAGAAUGAAAGAUGAUUUACAUUUCUAUUUGAUGCUAGGUUUGCUGCCAAUGGCUGCUUUGAUUACAUAUGUUAACAUAUUUGUUGGCCCAGCAGAAUUAUCAGAUAUCCCUGAAGGUUAUGAACCGAAAGAAUGGGAAUAUCACAGGUCUCCAAUAAAAAGAUGGUUUGCAAAAUAUAUCUACGAGGAGCCACAGAAGGAGUAUGAGAAAACACUGUACUGGAUUCACUAUUGGUCAGAGAAAAAAUACUGGAACAAACUAGAUAGAAAAGUGAAACAACUGAUGGAAAACCGACUUGAUUAUAAAGGCUGGUACUGGGUUAAUGCUGACAAAAGUAUUGUGGAUUCUCAGAAAGCACUCAAGGAAGAAAGAAAUAGAUAUUUCGGAGACUAAAAAAAAAUUUCUUGUAAAAAAAAAAACCUUUUCUUCUCUGUUGUGUUUUUUAAUUAAGAAAAAUACUUUAAAUACACAUCUAUUAAAAUCAACUUAAUAAGAUUAAGACAAUUGUGUGUGUCUUAAAAGCAAUGAACUAGAUGUAUGUACAGUGAUGCAUUAAAAUAUUUACCUUAGAAUACAAUAA